UUAGACUGUCACUCAUUGGGGUACAGACUUUAUCCUAUUUAUCUUUGUGCAUUCCUUAUUAUUUGCACAAUCAAAGAUGGAAACUGUGGGAUAUGCCAAAAGCGCCUUGUGACUUCAGAUAAAAUAUUCAUGGACAGUCUGUAUUUUACUCUGUCUCUGAGAAUGGGAGGUGAGCCCCUGGCUGAUCUACUCAAACAUGAAUAUAUUGAACCACACUGGUACUAGCCACAGAAUCUUCCGUUUGCUGGGCAUCCCCGGACUAGAAGACCAGCACAUGUGGAAUUCCAUCCCCUUCAUCAUUUCCUAUCUCAUUGCUGUGCUUGGGAACAGCCUGUUCAUCUUCAUCAUCCUCACAAGGCACAGCCUCCAUGAACCCAUGUACCUCUUCCUCUGCAUGCUGGCUGGAGCAGACAUUGUCCUCUCCACAUGCACAGUACCGCAGGCCUUGGCCAUCUUCUGGUUCCAUGCUGGGGAGAUCUCCCUGGAUCGCUGCAUCACCCACCUCUUUUUCAUCUAUUCCACCUUCAUCUCUGAGUCAGGGAUCUUGCUGACGAUGGCAUUUGACCGCUACAUUGCCAUAUGCUACCCACUGAGAUACACCACUAUUCUUACACACGCCUUGGUUGGGAAAAUUGGCUCAAGUAUCUUCCUGAGAAGUUAUGGUACAAUCUCCCCCAUGACAUAUCUUCUGAAAAGAUUGACUUUCUGCCAAAAUAAUAUAAUUCCACACACCUUCUGUGAACACAUUGGCUUGACCAAAUAUGCUUGUAAUGACAUUCGAGUGAACAUUUGGUAUGGUUUUUCUGUCCUAAUGUUAACAGUGGUCUUAGAUGUUGUGCUAAUUUGUGUUUCCUAUAUGCUGAUUCUUCGUGCUUUCUUUCACAUGCCUUCCCAAAAUGCACACCACAAAGCUCUGAACACCCGUGGCUCCCAUGUCUUUGUCAUCAUCCUACUUUAUGGGCCUAGAAUCUUCACAACCCUUACUCAGCGUUUUGGAUGCCACAUCCCACCUCAUACCCACAUUUUGUUGGCUAAUGUCUGCAUUCUGGUUCCACCUAUGCUGAAUCCCAUCAUUUAUGGGAUCAAGACCAAACAGAUCCAGGACCAGAUGGUUCAUGUGUUAUUUACAAGGCAGAAAUGAUUUUGUGGUCGGAACUGUGUUUUCACAUUCUCCAGCUGUCCAUGAGGCGGCCUACGGAAGUGGUAGGUGAGAGGCGAAGCUGAAACACUAGGUAAAUAGCUCAGGGUCUAUUUGUCUAGACACUUACAGUAGUCUGUGUCUAGAGCAAGUUCACCAGAGAGGUAGCAGGGCUUACUUUCUACUGUCUAAACAACCUGAGAUAGAAAUGCCAUUUUUGACUGAGGGAGCAUCCUCCUGCCCAGACCUGGGACUGGAUGGACUGAUAUCCACAAGUCAUAUAGCCUUUAUGAUACUAUUCUAAUCUCUGGAAAUGGAUGAAGUAAGAACCAUGCUCUGCCUAGGAAUUUCUGCAGCUAAUCUGCACUGAGUCUCUCAAGCUCUGGAGCCUCAUGCG